UCAACCACACACUCUCUCUCAAAACACAUUCACUUUUCACUAUACGACAGCUGACAACACCUUUUCAUUUUCUCAGCAGCACCACCACAGACUCACAUUACCAGAUCCACAAGAAGAGAAGAACAAGAAGAAGAAAAAAGACGAUUUUGUGCUGCAGACAUACCGGCUCUGAGGAGGCUGGGUCGCGGCUGGAGAAGGUGACUGGAGAAUGGAAUGGAACCUCAGAAGGAUGGAAAGUGAACUGAGGCACAUCAACCCGGACCUGCUGCAGCCCAGCAAGAGCUUCAAGAAGCCCUCUUCAGGCACCAUCACCAUCAAUGUAGGGGGGUUCCUGUACACCGCCCACCGGACCACCCUCGGCAAGCACCAGGGUUCCUUUCUGGAAGAGCUGGCCAACGGUAAGAAGCCGGUUCAGCACACUGAUUCAAUGGGCAACCCGUUCAUUGAUAGAGAUGGUCCCGUCUUUCGCCACGUGCUCAACUACCUUCGAACCGGAGAGCUCCAGCUGCCCGACGACUUCCGGGAGGCGGGGCUCCUGCGACGGGAGGCCGAUUUUUACCGUCUGAGUGAACUGGUGGAAGCCGUGGUCGAGUGGGAAAGCCAGAGGGCGGCCCAGCGGGAGGCCGCCUUCUUGGAGGUGACGGAUAGCCACGAGAGGUCGCAGGGCCUCAAGGUGUACUGCAGCGACCCCAUCUUCAUCGACAAGGUGAAAGCGAGGCUGGUGCAGAUCUCCAAGAGCCGCCUGGACGGCUUUCCAGAAGAAUUCGUGGUGUCGUCCAACGUGAUCCAGUUCCGUCACUUCAUCAAGUCGGAGCCGGGCUCGAGGCUCGUACUGAAGGAGGACAGCACAUUCUUGUGCACACUUGACUGUCUGAAACUAGAGACAGUGAUGCUAGCACUGAGAUCUGGCUUCAAGCUGGUCACCAGCCUCGACAGCAGCAAAGGCUCCGUGGUGGCGGCCGAGGCCCUGCACUUUGUCAAGUAGGAUGGAGGGAAACAGAGGGAAGAGAGGAUGAGGAGGAGGAGGAGGAAGGUGGGAAGCAGAAAGGGAAAAGAGUAGUGCCUGAUUCCAUAUCCACCCCGUUAAUGUAAGGUAUUGGCUUGAAGAUCUUGUAACGUGCUGAGCUGUAAUGUGUCAUUGGUGGGAGAAUUAGAACGGGGGGUUGGACUGUCACAGUGUUUAUAUCUUAACUGCACAUUGCUGGCUUACAAACACAGGAUUUGCUAAGUUUGAGGUAACAUCGUGUUGGUUAACAGAAGGGUAUUUUGGCAUCAACCUUUAUACUGCUUUGUAAACUUGUAUUUCUAGAAUUCAGAAUGAUCCAGAACAACUCACCAUUUAUGAUGUCUUAAAGUGCAUUUAAUUAUUAGAUAUCACACAAAAAGUACCACUUAUAAUAACAAUAAUAAUAUGGAAGACAAGCCAACAGUGAAUUCUUCCAUAGAGAAAAAAAAAAAGGGAUCAAUUGAGAUUCUGAACAUCGACAGCUUUAUCAGUGGAUUUGUCUCUGCACAAAAGCCUCUGCUGCUUUGUCAACGGCUGCGAAAGCCUUCAAAACCAACAGUGAGGUGCACUGUUGUGCCAUUCAGCUUUUACUACAGGCUGUGUGCGUGUGUGUGGGUGUGUGCGUGCGUGUGGGUGUGUGUUGCUAUACACUGUGUGUGCUGUGUUUACUUGGUUUAAUAGCUUGUGUUUAGUUUAUUAGCCUCUCUGGAGCCUGAAGGGAAAACCACAGCACAUUAACUGUCGUUUUGGAUGGACUUUACUACCAAACUUCACAUUACAAAAUCAGACUGAAAUAACAUUAACCAUUUCAUCAGAUCGUGUCCACAAGUUGAGUUUAAGUGCAAAGAACCGUGAUUAUUGUAAGGGCUUUGAAUCUAGCAUGAUGCAUGUGUGCACUAAAUGAACUGUGUGUUUGUUAGUGCUGUGAGCCUCUGUGAAGUCAGUGCCACAACAAUGCCUAUUACUUUUCAAUGUGAAUAUUUUACAAAUAAA